AUGGACAUCUAUAUGGAGUCCGAAUCGCCCGAGGAUGUGGAGAACGGCGGUCAGAGACUGACGCCGCUGCGACCAGUCGACAAUCCUGCUACAGCAACCCCAGCUUUUCACGAGAACGUCGGGCGAGGUUUCAGCCAACUGGUCCAUCGGUCCCUGACUCCAGCUGAGACGUUGCCAUCCCAGUGGUAUCGGGAUGACAGGAUACACCAUCUAGAACGCAAAGCAAUAUUCUCGAAGAGUUGGAUAUUGGUAACCCAUGUCAGUCGGUUUUCCAAGGAAGGCGAUUAUGUUGCAUUCGAGAUCGCAAACUUCCCUUUCUUUGUGAUUCGGACGAGAGAUGGGCGACACAAUGUCUGCCGACAUCGUGGUUUUCCACUCGUGUCGAAAAUGUCGGGCUGUUCACCAGUUAUCAGUUGCGGCUACCAUGGUUGGUGCUACUCACCCCAAGAUGGCCGGCUUGUGCGAUCAACACAUUCAUCGUUUCCAUCAUUCGAUGCGUCGAAGUACUCCCUGUUCAAGAUACACACACAUGUGAUAAGUUCAGGCUUCAUCUUUGUGAAUUUAUCAGCGCAGGAACCCCCUCCUUUCCGAGAUUGGUUCGGAGAUCUGGAGCAGGAAUGGGGUAACCUGAGAUCUGAUGAUUAUGAAUAUGCGUACAGCUGGUACGAGUGCGUGCACUGUCACACAUCCCAUCCUGGAUACGCAGCUUCGCUUGACCUCAGCACGUACGCCGUGGAGACCAAGACCAAAUACGCCCUUCACAUCACGGCGCUAAAGCCUGGACGAGAAGAGGCGCAGUCGACAUUGGCUAGUGGGGCGGAGAGCGAGGGAGCUCCGAGCUUCGCAUACGUAUUCCCGUCCAAUGCAGUCACAGUGACCAAUAUGAUGUGGUACAUGAUGCGUGUUGUGCCUAUAUCGGCGACUCAGACACGGAUGGAGUAUGACGUGUUUAAACACAAAUCGAUAACGCUGGAGAGGCUUCGUGCGUACAUGCAAUUUUACGAGAAGGUGGAAGACGAGGACUUCCACCUGGUAUCGGCAACGCAGAAGUCCCUGAACACGGGAAUCUAUAGGAGAGGCUCGUUGCACCCCACGAAAGAAGUUGAGCGCGGACCCCCGCAGCGUAAAAGCCCCACUGAUAACCCAUGA